AUUAGCUUAUACUAACAACCAAACACCCUCAAAGGCCAAAAACCAACUGUAUAAAUACCUAACACUAACUGAAAAUUGAUUGUGCACAACGCAAACGACAGAGAUUUAGAGGGAUUUUUUCAAGGGAGAGAAAGAGAAUGAGUUUUCUUAGAGGGAGAUUAGCUGGAGCAGAGGGAGCAUACUUUUACCAGGAAACCAAACACGCCGUGGCCCGGCUCGUUCAGAACAACAGGAAUCUGCCAGUGUCGGCUUCCAAAGCGGCUUCAUCGGCGGAGCACGAAGGCCAAGCCGAUGUGCUUCCUGAGGUUCUGAGACACUCUCUGCCGUCGAAGAUCUUCCACCAACAGCCGUUGGAUUCGUCGCUCUCCAGUGCUUCGAAAUGGGUUCUUCACAGUGAUCCAAAAGCUACCUCCACUCCCUCUUCUAAUGAUAUGAACCCUCUUCGAGCUUAUCUUUCUCUGCCCCAGGUCACUUUUGGACCCAAAAGAUGGCAAUUGCCUGAGCAAGGGAACUCGGUUUUAGCCUCCACAGCCAAUGAAUUGCGGCGUGACAGGUACAGCCAUGUUAAUCCUGAGAAAUUGAAGGCUGCAGCUGAAGGGCUUUCACAAAUUGGAAAGGCAUUUGCUGUUGCUACUGUGGUUGUAUUUGGUGGUGCCACCUUGAUGUUUGGAGUGGCAGUCUCCAAGCUACAGGUGCACAAUAGUGAUGACAUUCGAAUUAAAGGAAGAGAACUGGUUCAGCCAAAAUUUGACAUGCUCAGGGAGCAACUGAUUCCCAUGAGAAUUUGGGUUGAAAAUGUGUCAAAGAAAUGGCAUGUGGAAAGGGAGGAAGAUAUCAAAGAGAAACCUAUUAUAAAGGAGCUCACCAAGAUACUAGGGGCAAAGACAUCUAACUGAUAUCUUAUAAGGUAUGUACAUAAAAUUGAGUGUAUGCUUAUGGUUGUGGCCACAAAGCUGGAAACUGGAAAGUUGAAGAAAAUAAACAAAUCUCUAGUAUUGUAUACAUCAGUGAUUUGAUUGGCCAAUUUCUUUCAAUUUUUGAAAGAUUAGUCAAUAAAAAGGUGUAAAAUCAAAGAAAUUGUCCAAUACAAGCCAUUUCAAUUUAGCAUA